AGGACUUCCGGCGGUGAUCACCACCUGCCUGGCCUUAGGCACACGUCAGAUGGCCAAGAGGAACGCCAUCGUGCGGAAGCUGCCGUCCGUGGAGACUUUAGGCUGCACCACGGUGAUUUGCUCAGACAAGACGGGCACUCUGACCACGAACGAGAUGUGCGUGGUGAAGCUCGCCUUGCCUGAGGGCGGCGCUAUGAAGGCCUACGACGUGGAAGGUUACAACUACACGCCAGUUGGCAAAGUGACCGGCCUUUCCAUCGACUGGAAGAAGUGCAACGCGCUUCAGGUUUUGGCAAAGAUCGGCUGCAUGUGCAACGAGUCGCGGCUCGUCGUGGACGACGACGACAAGUUCAUCCGCAACGGAGAGCCCACCGAGGCAGCCAUCCGCGUUCUGGUGGAGAAGCUGGGCUGCCCGGAUGAAGCACUCAACAAGCGAUGCUUGCAGAAGGAGAAGAGGACCAGGGAAGAUGCCAUGGCCUUCUCCAACUAUUGGGGGCAGGGCAUGACAAAGAAGGCAGUCCUGGAAUUCAGCAGGGACCGCAAGUCAAUGAGCGUUUUGUGGCACGACACAAAGGCCCAGAGCAACGUGCUCUUCGCCAAGGGUGCGCCCGAGAUGCUCGUGAGGCGGUGUACCAAGAUCAUGCUCCCCAACGGUGAGGUGGAGCCUUUGACAGAUGCGUGGCGAGACCGCAUUGACAGCGAGCUGGUGACCAUGGCCAAAUCGGCACUCCGAACCAUGGGUAUGGCAGUGAAGUCGGAGGAGCUGGGGGAUCUUCAGAGCUACGACGGGCCCGGUCAUCCCGGCCACAAGCUGCUGGCGGAUCCCGGCACCUUCGGAGAGAUCGAGCAGGGCAUGACCUUCGUGGGCAUGGUGGGCAUCCUGGACCCGCCCCGGCCAGAGUGCAAGCCGGCGAUCGAGGCCUGCCGUGUGGCCGGCAUCAGCGUGAUCAUGAUCACUGGCGACAACAAGACCACUGCAGAGGCCAUCUCCCAGAAGCUGGGCAUUCUGGCGCCCUCCGGGAGCCACAGCGAGAACUCCUUCACGGGCCAGGAGUUUGAAGCCCUCUCCGAAGACAGGAAAGUGGAGGUGCUGCGUAAGAUUAUGGAGCGCCGCGAUGUCGAGGGAGCUGUCUUCUCUCGCACAGAGCCCAAGCACAAGCAGCUCAUCGUGAAGAUCCUGAAGUCUUUGGAUGAGAUCGCGGCCAUGACCGGCGAUGGCGUCAACGAUGCGCCCGCCCUGAAGCAGGCAGACAUCGGCAUUGCCAUGGGCAUUGCUGGAACAGAGGUGGCCAAGGAAGCUUCGGAUAUGGUGCUGGCAGACGACAACUUUACCAGCAUCGUCGCUGCGGUGGAGGAGGGCCGGUCGAUCUACAACAACAUGAAGGCCUUCAUCCGCUACAUGAUCUCCUCGAACGUGGGCGAGGUGGCCGCGAUUUUCCUGACCGCCGCUCUGGGAGUCCCGGAGGGCCUGACUCCCGUGCAGCUGCUCUGGGUAAACCUCGUGACCGAUGGCCCACCAGCCACUGCCCUCGGCUUCAACCCCCCUGAUUUGGACGUUAUGCAGAAGGCGCCCCGACGGAAAGACGACGCCUUGAUUUCGGUGUGGUCCUACGUGCGCUAUUUUGUGGUGGGCGCAUACGUCGGCUUCGCCGUGGUGGGCAUUUUUAUGUAUUGGUAUAUCUUCGAUGUCAAUGCUGAUGGUCACACCCUGGUGUCAACAGCGCAGCUGCUGACCUGGGGCAAGUGCAGCGACUGGAAGGACUUCUCGGUGGCGGACUGGGAUGGCAUGAGCUUUUCCCAGGAGCCUUGCGCAUACUUCACCGACGGCAAGGCGAAGGCAUCGACAUUGUCGCUCACAGUCCUAGUCGUCAUUGAGAUGCUGAAUGCCUUCAACGCGCUGUCUGAGGACGGAUCCCUGGUGCAAAUGCCGCCCUGGGCUAACCCCUACCUCAUCGUAGCCGCCAGCAUUUCGAUUGGCAGCCACUUUGUGAUUCUCUACAUCCCGGCCCUUGCCAAAAUCUUCGGUGUGGUGCCGCUGACCAUGCAUGACUGGAUUCUUGUGCUGGCGUUCUCCUUCCCGGUCAUCCUCAUUGAUGAGAUCUUGAAAUUCAUCGGCAGAAGCACAGCCAAGCCCAACAUUCAUAAAGACAAAGAUGCUUGAGUCGCUUGAGCUCGCAGGGCUCGGCCACGUCUUGAAGUGCGC